AUGCCGUUUGCAUAUAUUCUUUAUGUGGUGGUGUAUGUUAUUUCUCCUUACAGACGCCUGCACCUCAAUAAGAAAACCACAGACAAACAGCCAUAUAGCAAGCUUCCUGGUGUUUCACUUCUAAAGCCAUUAAAAGGUGUGGACCCUAACUUGAUCAACAACUUGGAAACCUUCUUUGAACUGGAUUAUCCAAAAUAUGAAGUACUACUCUGUGUACAAGAUCAUGAUGAUCCAGCUAUUGAUGUGUGCAAAAAGCUCCUUGGCAAAUACCCAAAUGUUGAUGCUAGACUGUUCAUAGGUGGCAAGAAGGUUGGCAUUAACCCCAAGAUUAACAACUUAAUGCCUGGCUAUGAAGUUGCCAAAUAUGAUCUCAUAUGGAUUUGUGAUAGUGGAAUCAGAGUAACUCCAGACACACUGACAGAUAUGGCCAAUCAAAUGACUGAAAAAGUAGGCUUGGUCCACGGGCUUCCCUAUGUUGCAGACAGACAGGGUUUUGCUGCUACCCUUGAACAGGUUUAUUUUGGAACUUCACAUCCAAGGUCAUAUAUUUCAGCCAACCUAACUGGCUUUAAGUGUGUAACAGGAAUGUCAUGCUUGAUGAGGAAGGAUGUCUUGGACCAAGCUGGAGGACUGAUAGCUUUUGCACAAUAUAUUGCUGAAGAUUACUUUAUGGCCAAAGCUAUAGCUGACCGGGGCUGGAAAUUUGCAAUGGCCACACAAGUUGCAAUGCAAAACUCUGGUUCCUAUUCUAUUUCUCAGUUUCAGUCGAGAAUGAUCAGGUGGGCCAAACUGCGAAUUAAUAUGUUGCCUGCCACAAUAAUUUGUGAGCCAAUCUCAGAGUGCUUUGUUGCCAGUCUAGUUAUUGGAUGGGCAGCUCAUCAUGUGUUUAGAUGGGAUAUAAUGGUAUUUUUCAUGUGUCACUGCUUGGCAUGGUUUAUAUUUGACUACAUUCAACUGAAGGGCGUUCAGGGUGGAGCUCUGUGUUUUUCAAAGCUUGAUUAUGCAGUAGCUUGGUUCAUCAGAGAAUCCAUGACAAUUUAUAUUUUCUUAUCUGCUUUGUGGGACCCCACUAUUAGCUGGAGGACAGGACGCUACAGAUUACGUUGUGGAGGCACUGCAGAAGAAAUUCUUGAUGUAUAGCCACAGCUUUAACUGUGAAUGUCAAAAAGAGAAUGGGGGAAGAAAAGUAUUAUAAAUUGUUUAUA